AUGAAGACACUCUUUACCCAGACAGAAAGAAUUACCGUUGUGCUUUUGACCCUCGCAGUGUGCAGGGCAUCAGAGUAUGAGUACAUCAGCUGGAAACCCGACAGUGGUAGUCACAUUUACGGUAAGACACCACAGUGCAUUGACAUACCAGAGGACUUAAGGUUGUGUUACAACGUGGGCUACCACCAGAUGCUGCUACCCAAUUUACUGGAGCACGAGACUAUCGCGGAGGUCAAGCAGCAAGCGGGCAGUUGGGUUCCGCUCGUUCACAAGGCGUGCCACACGGGCACGCAGGUGUUCCUUUGCUCUCUGUUCGCCCCUGUGUGUCUGGACAGACCCAUAUAUCCAUGCCGCUGGCUCUGCGAGGCCGUUCGCGACAGCUGCACCCCCAUUAUGGAGGCGUUUGGUUUCCCUUGGCCCGAGAUGCUCACGUGCGACAAGUUCCCGCAAGAUGAUGUGUGCAUUGCUAUGAAUGAGACCAGCGCCACGGACACACCGAAAACCUCAGACUCGUCUGCUGUGUGUCCACCAUGCGACAACGAGCUGAACUCAGAUGCCAUCCUUGAGCACAUGUGUGCCAGUGAAUUUGCCAUUAAGACAAAGAUAAAGGAGGUGAAAAGGGAGAAUCUGGAUCGGAGGGUGAUCCUGCACAGGAGGAGAAAGCCAGUGCGACUGGGAAACCUGAAGAAGAAGGAUCUGAAGAAACUGGAACUGGUUCUUAAGAAUGGCGCCGACUGCCCCUGUCAACAGCUGCAGAACCUGGGUCAGAACUACCUGGUCAUGGGCCGCAGGGUCGGGAAGCAGUACCUCCUGACAGGGAUCCAUAAGUGGGACAAAUCAAGCAAAGCGUUCAAUAAGGCUCUGAAGAAAAUGAAAAACCAUAAGUGUCCUUCUUUUGAAACCGUUUUCAAGUAA